CUCAGAGGGAGCAAGGAGGCAUUUUUCAGCCAGCAUCCAUAAAGGAGCCAUUCAAGGACAGACACAAAAAUCAGAGUUUUGAUGCAAGAUGACAGCCUGAAAAUAAUGUGAAGACACACAAACAGGCAUGGGAAGAAAGGUGAACCCAUGCAGCAGCAGCAUCACCCUUUAACCCUGUAAACACACCUCUCUCCAUCUCCAUCCCUCUUUAAUAUGUGCUUCUAUAGUCAAACUCUGUAACCCCUACAUCUGCCCAAUGGUGGAGAGGAUCUGUCAGCAGCGAGCCCUCCCUCAUCUCUCUCUCUCUCUCUCUCUGUCUCUCUCUCUCUUUCUCUCUCAGCUCUGACUCUGUCCACCGCGCACUGAUAAAGGAGAGGUCCAGUGUGAGCAUCCGACCCAGCACAGACCUCCACAGCGGACAGAACCACAGCGCGUAACGCAUCCACCCACCUUUGGUUUCCAGCUUUAAUCCGGAAUUUAUUUCAGCCACUUGAGAAAAGAAAAGUACACUAAAAACUACAGAUAAGUGUUGGUGGAGUUUCUGAUCAGUAAGAGGUGAAACUACGGACACUUGUUGCUCGUCUCGUCAGGUAAAACCUCCCGACGCGUUCAGUGGAGUCUGGUGCGCACAUGGCACCGAAAACGCGCUUUUGACAGUCGCGCAACAUGGAGCCACACACUGGAUAACGAGGCCUAUACCCACUGCAGGGGUGUCUGACCUUACUGACACAAACUUUCUGCUGGGGUUCUUCUUUUUUUUUUCUAUUUUUAUUUUGAUUUUUGUAGGGGGGAUUAUUUUAUUUUAUUUUAUUUUUUAAAGAGAGACAUGCUGGGUUUAAACAGGAUUCUGAGCCUCCGGUCAGACCGGAUUCGCAGUUGUGGUUCUCCGGGAGUCAAACUUUCAUCCCAGUUGUCGUCGUGCCACAGACCUGGGGCCAGUUCGCGGAUUUACUGUGCGUGUCUCUUGCUGCUGCUGCUGGUGACCCCACGGGUGGACUCCUCAUGGUGGUACAUUGGUGCACUAGGGGCUCGUGUGAUUUGUAACAACAUCCCAGGCCUGGUGAAUAAGCAGCGGCAACUCUGUCAACGCCACCCAGACAUCAUGCAGGCUAUCGGCGAGGGCACAAAGGACUGGAUCAGAGAGUGUCAGCACCAGUUUAGACACCAUCGCUGGAACUGCAGUACACUGGACCGAGACCACACUGUGUUCGGACGAGUCUUGCUACGGAGUAGUCGAGAAGCAGCAUUCGUCUACGCCAUCUCUUCGGCAGGAGUGGUGUAUGCGCUGACCCGUGCCUGCAGCCAGGGGGAGCUGAAGACGUGUAACUGCGACCCCCAGAAGCGUGGACGAUCUAGUGAUGAGAGAGGAGAGUUUGACUGGGGCGGCUGUAGUGAUAACAUACAUUACGGGAUUAAGUUUGCCAAAGCCUUCAUAGAUGCCAAAGAGAGGACUGUCAGAGAUGCACGGGCACUCAUGAAUUUACACAACAACCGCUGUGGCAGAACAGCAGUGAAGCGUUUCAUGAAGCUGGAGUGUAAAUGUCACGGUGUGAGUGGCUCAUGUACGUUGAGGACAUGUUGGAUGGCCAUGUCCGACUUCAGGAAGACGGGGGACUACUUGAGGAGAAAAUACAACGGAGCAAUUGAAGUGACAAUGAACCAGGAUGGGACAGGAUUCGCCGAAGCCCAUAAAGGGUUCACUAAGGCCACCAAGAACGACCUGGUGUACUUUGAGAACUCACCGGAUUACUGUUUACAAGACAAAGCAGCAGGUUCUUUGGGCACAGCUGGGCGGGUCUGCAAUAAAACAUCACGUGGUACGGACGGCUGCGAGGUCAUGUGCUGUGGGCGGGGCUACGACACCACAAGAGUCAAGCAAAUCACCAAGUGCGAGUGCAAGUUCAAGUGGUGUUGCGCUGUGGAGUGCAAGGACUGCGAGGAAGCGGUGGACAUACACACGUGCAAGGCCCCCAAACGAGCCGAAUGGUUGGACCAAACCUGAGGACAGGCUCCCGCCGCCCCCCGUUACGCAACCCCACCCCUUUCCCCUUUGCAGGACAUUCUGUGGAACACGGCAUUCUGGGAAAGUUUGUCCAAAAGUGCUCUGCGUCUCCGCCCUCCCCUCCUCCUGUCUCCGUUCCUCGUUGCAUGGCUUUAAUACCUAUCUCUGUGAAAGCACUAGAAUUCAGUAGCCAUCAAUAUGAAUAAAUACCCAUAAGCCCCUGUUUGUGAAUGGCUACGGCUGAACUCCUGGGAUCAGAUGGCAGAUAGGGAAACCAGUGAAAGCGCUGGGUGGAAUGAGCUUUUGUCAAAAGGUGAAGGUCCCGCUGGCCUUUUACCCUAGCGUGUGGGUUCCAAAUUGGUUUGCUGCUUUCACAAUGCUUUAAAGACACAUUUUUACAUUAACUGAGCCUCAAACAUAUCCAGUAUUAUUACAACAACAUCAUAUACUCACAUAAUUUUCUUUCUUUUGGGGGGAAAUACACUUUAACUACCAAGAAGAAUGCAUGGUUGGACUUUGGGAAGUAGCUUGACUAGUGCACUUUGAGAAGUGGACAUCUAAGCUGAUGUGUUUGGCUGAUGUGUGGCCAAACAGCAGUCCAGACAGAGGACUACCAGAGGACAGGGAGAUGGACAGCAAAUGGAAAAAAAGAACAAAAACAAAAACAAAAACGGACGAAUGUGUCAUUAGAACUUUGAAUGCAACUGUAAAAGGAAAAAAAAAACAAACAAACUGAAAGUGAAAGUGAUUUAUUUAAAUUGUAAAGUGUUGUUUCAUUUCUCAUCUGCGGAUGAGACUGCACUACAUUGGCUGACUUAAGGAGAGA